CUGCACAUAAGUAAGAGAACACCAGAGGGAAGGACAUAGUGCUAGGAGGAAGCAAGAAGAUAAGACCAGUUGGAACUCCAGGGAAGAAUCUCUAAUUCAGUGCAAUUCCAUCCUUUGUCUCAGCAAAUUGUAAGGUUGAAGAUUUGAAGGGCAGGAGACCCUGGAAGAGCUGGUGGAGAGGACAGCACCACAAGUGGCUUCAUGGAGUCGCAGGCAACAACAAAGGGAACAUUCUCAUCCUUUCCCCAGAUGGGUACCAUUUCCUUCCCACAAGGUCCAAUAGGAACACCUGUGCCAUUUUAUAAAUCGAAAGCAUACCUGCAGAACUUCCUGAAAGGGGAGCCCAAGGUGCUGGGGACUGUCCAGAUCAUGAUCGCCCUGAUGAACUUUGCCUUGGGAAUGAUUAUCAUUUUGGUUCAACCGGGAAUUUACCUACAUGAAUAUUUUUUUCUUAACAGUGGCUACAUAUUCUGGGGAACAGCAUUUUUCCUUGUCUCUGGCUCUCUUUCCAUUGCUGCAGAGAAUAAAACCACAAACACUCUGGUCCAAAGUAGCCUAGCAAUGAACACUGUCAGUGCAGUGGCAGCAGGGCUGGGAAUCAUCCUUUUAUCAAUCAACUUGGCAAUGACUGAUUCAUCCUAUUAUUUUUGUACCCAUGAAAGUUCCUAUGAAACCUGUGCUUGCGGUUUGGCUGUGUUGCUGGGAAUCAAUGUGAUUCUACUAUUCCUCGCCAUUUUGGAAUUUGCCUUCUCCAUCGCAGUCUCAAGCUUUGGCUGUAAAGCAACUUGUUGUAGUCAGAGUGGGGUUACCAUCUUCAUGCCUUCUCCAUCCCAAGUACCAGUUACUGAGGCAUAAAGAGGAGAGAAACUACUUCAAAGGAGAGCUGCUGACACCACCGCAUUACCUGGAAGUCAUCCUGACAGUCUCAUAUCACACACAUGCUUCCCUGUUCCUCAGAGAAAGCUCCUUCCAUUAUUGGCUGUUUUUCAAUGAAACAAAGAGCAAAUUGUCUCAGGUUUCCUGAAAUUCUUUGUUAACAGUCGCUUUCAUUCUUAGUCAUGCACUGCUCACAUCUACUUCCCCAUUUUGCACCCAGGCCCCUGAAUAUCUCAGGAUUUGCUCACAAACUAUCAGCAAACAUAUCAGGAAAUCUUUUUCCUUUCGGUGCACAGGAAGACUAAUCUGCCCAAGACUCCCUAUGGAUGCUGGGAAAUAGGGUCAUUACAAGAGAAGAGGAGAGAAGGAAAAGAGAUGGGAAUGGGAGUACCAAACUACUUUUCUUCUGUUCUCCAUGAAUCAAGAUUCCCACCUAUGGAAUUUUCUGCUGCUCCUACCUGUGAAAUUGGAUGUUUCCACCUCCAGUGGCCUGGACUCCAUCAUCUUUGUUCUUUGCCCUCUCUGUUUGCUCCUGGAGCAUCCUGAUCCUUGCUGUGAAUACCUCCUCUCAACACUGCUUCCCUGUCAUUGAGGCAUUUGUAGAGGAACUUAGGCUGAUCUCAAAGUUUCUUCAUCCUUUUCUGACCCCAGAGUUGCUCACACAAUCACAAAUUCCCUCAUAACUGAUCCCUUUCCUACCACCAACGUCACCUUUCAGAACUUCCUCCUUUGGACUUUUGGACUGGGACUGAGAAGAGCUGUGGCUGAAGAUCCUGCCUUUGCUGUUUCAUAUCUAUUUGCCCAUAGCCUAAUUUUUCUGAACCUCAGUUUCCUUUCCUGUAAAAUAGGAUUAGCCAUGUCCAUACUAGUGAUCUCACAGGAGUGUUUGAGCAUUCUAUGGCAGAGCAUAUUCCUGGUUCUUUUUGAACCUAGGAAUGCCGACUAAGUGUCAGUGUGGUGGUGACAUAUAGUUGUGUAGUCAGAGUAAGGAAAACUGAUUGUACUUCUGCCCCAGGGCCCUUCCUAGCUGUGUGACCCUGGUCACCUCACUGAACGUCAUCUCAGUCUCAGUUUUCUCAUCUGUAAAAUGAAGCCAAUAAUAGCCCUGCCUCCCGGAGUUUUGUUUUUUCUUGGCAAGGAGGACCUAAUGUUCAAAAAGUGUUUUGCACACCUUAAAGAGUCAUAUAAAUGCUAUAUUUUUCAUCUUUAUUAUUUCUCUAAAUUUCCCUCUUAUCACAGUCUAGUUUUCGAUAUUCUGGACUUUGGCUUGUAUAAAUUUUUGGAGACAGUUGAAGGAAAUUCGGACCCAAAUACUGUGGGGUUUCCCUUGCUCUAGCUGGAAGCUGAAGUUCCAAUUCAAAUAGGACCUUAAGGAGGAUUGAGUAGCUAUUAUGUCAAUAGCAAUGACUGUGAGUACAGUAACAAUAAUGUCUGGCAUUUACAUACUUUUUUGAGGCGAUUUGUCACUUUAUCCUCACAGGAACUCUGGGUUGUGAUGAGAAUCUGCUUCAGUGACUUGCCCAGAGUCACAUGGCUAGAAAGCAAGUGUCUGAGGCCUAGUUUAAGUCAGUUUUUCCUGAACCAGACCCAAUACUCUAGGUAAAGCUUUUCUGACUCCUUUAGGGUUCAAAGGCUAUAAUGUGGCUUACUGAGAAGAGUCCUGGCCUUGGAGUUCUCAAGUUGUCUUCUUGGGAUGUGGAAGUGAACAAAGUCUCUGACCUCUAAGAGUUGUGAGAGAACAUGGACAAGUCAGUUGACAUAUCUAGGAUCCACUUUCCAUAUGUAGAAGGGGGGAAAUGGUUUAAAUGAACCUCAUUUCAUCCUAAGCUCUAGGAAAUAAAGUAUAUUCUGAUAUUUCCUCUGCAGUUAAUUAAAGUGCAUCAUUUCUAAUAUUAACUAAUGGCUCAUCUUGGAGCCCCCACUCCAGUUUUGAAAACAUUAUUUGUUAUAUAAACUAAAGAAAACUCACUGCAAGGGCUUUUACUUAUUUCUUUCAAUGUAAACUAUAUUCUUUCCCCAAGAAACUUUGAUUUAAAUGAACCUCAUGUCUUUGUUCUAUGCAAUUUAUUACCUGAAACAAAUAAUAAAGAUGUUCAAAGAAUUACUUAAAAU